CUAUAAGCCAAACUGUCACGAAGACGGCGUCGCCUUGGUUGUCCAAACCGGAAUCAGUGAGUAAUCCCUGAGGGAGAACCCACCCGAAUCAAAAAUAAAGUUUCUUUUUUUCGUCCGCGUAAUUUCUUAUAUCACGUGAGAUCGGCAGUUUGCAAUUUAUUGGCUGACUAUUGUUGAUCAUCACAUGAAAUAAAAAAAAAAACUCUUCCCUCUUUCCGUCUGGAAUUUAUUAUUCCGCAGUAUUCAAAAACACUAAAUACCUUUCUGCUCUAGAUAGGGUAGGAGGUGGGUCCUUUUUGGACUCGGCGGUUAGUGGUUAAAGAACUUUACUACACUUUACUACACUCUACUCACAACUAUGGUCCUGGAACCCUCGGCCUUUCCGCUUAUACUCGACGCUCCCAACUACGGCAAAAUACUUUUUGGCUUUCCUUCCUUUAGAGAAACGGGCUUAUUUAAACACAACCUUUAUAAACUUCAACAACGGCUACUUAACCCUGAGAAUAUUCCCAGGAAAAAGAAGACUUCUUUAUAUAGGGUCUCUUCACGUCACCUAGAACUUUGGAUAGAAGACACUUUCGUUCGAAACUUUGACCAACAUGCCUUCGACGCUUUGGCGUUCGCAUGGUCACGUGCUAAACGCGACAACUUACCUUUUAUGGCUGCAUGUAAUGUGCAUUUCAAGAAACACAAAAUCAAACCAACACCAAUUAAAUUUCACGGUACACGAACUCUAACUUCCCAUAUCAAGAUGACCUACCGCGUGGAACAUUACCUUCCAAUGGUUUGGCAAAAACAACCACGUGAUUACACAAAAAAAGAAAAAAUUUUUAAGGAUACUUUUUAUUCCUUACAGCGUUGGUUAUUGGAAUUAAUACUGCGCUUUUUACACCUUUUAUACAAUCAUACGGUUGCCACUGAGUCACUUACCAAAUACCUUUGGACUCGAUCAUAUAGGUGGCACCUUUAUUCGACUCUUCGACCAGAGGACCUCCAUACCCCGUAUUCUCUAAACGAAGGUUUAGUUCGGUAUAGGAUUUUCGAUUCACUUAGACCACGUAUAACUUAGUUCUAAAGCCUUUUCUUUGGUUUAUUCGGAUGUGAUGUCGUGUUAGGGACUCCUCCAAGUGCGUUAAAGGUACCAGAGUGGCGCUGUCCUCGGGCGGUUUGAUUAUAGCUUAGUAUUAGAUAGCGUUCGACAUUUGUUUUAUCUUUUGUUCUUGUCUAUCUUUCUGUAAUCUAGUUCACGUGGUUUUUAAAAAUAAAAAUAAAAAUAAAAU